UUCUGGGAUACUACACAUUGGAUGUAAGAAGAGAUGUCAAAAGUUUCAAACUUUAGAAUCAUAAAAAGGCUUUUAGAAGCAACAAGAAUAAGAUGUUUAAGAAGGUAUGCAACAUCCAACAGAAACAUCUUGACACUGCAUGAAAGGGGAAUCUUUCAAAAUGUCUUCCCAGAACAAUAUACUCCUGACUUGCAUAGCCACUUAGUGAAGCAGCCCCAGUGUAUGUACUGUGGCUUUGAUCCUACAGCAGAUAGUCUCCAUAUAGGAAAUCUACUAGCAGUAAUAGCUCUGCUGCACUGCCAGAGGGCUGGCCAUAAUCCUAUAGCAUUGAUAGGUGGAGCCACUGCUCAGAUCGGCGAUCCUACAGGGAGAAAAACAGAACGUGAAAUUAUAGACACAAAGACCAUUCAGCACAAUGUCAGUGCUAUAAGGAAAAGUUUGAAAAAUAUUAUAGAAAAUCAUGAACUCUAUUUUCACAAUGCUCAGGAAAAAUUGCCACAAAUCAGGAUCCUGGACAAUGCAGAGUGGUAUGAUCGCCUCAAUGUGAUAGAGUUCUUGGCAAAAGUUGGGAGAAGGUUCCGAAUGACUGAACUUAUACACAAAAGCAGUGUUGUAAAUCGUUUAAACAGUCCAGAAGGUAUGAGUUUUACUGAGUUUACGUACCAGAUAUUUCAGGCAUAUGAUUGGUUGCAUCUUUACCGUGAAUACAAUUGUAAUAUUCAGAUAGGAGGGAAUGACCAAUUAGGUAAUAUUGUAGCUGGUUAUGAACUGAUAUCAGACACCUUGAAUAAGAGAGUAUUUGGACUUACAGUUCCCCUAAUUACAACAUCUAGUGGUGAAAAGCUUGGGAAAACUGCAGGGAAUGCAAUAUGGUUGAAUGGGGACAAGACUUCACCAUAUGAACUGUACCAGUAUUUUCUCAACCUCUCGGAUGUAGACUCACAAAGUUAUAUCAGUCUCUUCACAUUUUUACCUCCCAAUGAAAUAAAAGAUGCUAUUAAUAAAUAUAAAAAAAACCCGGAAGAAAGGUUCCUUCAGAAAAAGAUAGCUGAAUCUGUUGUAAAACUCGUUCAUGGAGUGGAUGGUCUUGAAUCUGCAAUACGAUGCACAAAGGCAUUAUGGGAAAAAUCACCUGAAUCACUUGCCGAUCUUCACGAGUCUGAUUUGAAGAUGUUGUUUAAAAAUGCUGCAGGUGCAGAAAUGUUUCUCGACCCAGGGACCAGUAUACUAGAUGUUAUAGUACAUGCUAAAUGUUUUGGAACACCAGCUGAUGCUGUUAAUAAAAUAAAAGCUGGAGGAGUGUAUGUGAAUAACAGACGCGUCACCGAGCCUCAUUUAGUCCUGAUACCAGGGGAGCAUAUACUGCCCAACAAUAUAACAAUCAUUAGAAUAGGGAAGAAAAACCACUAUGUUGUCCGCUGGAGGAUUUGA